AUGACGCAAGAAAGCCUUGACCUUACAGGCGUUUCUAGUGGAAUGGCGGAAUGGAGCAGCCGCUUCGACGACUUCACCCCGGGCCGUUUGACUGACCUCUCGGUGACCCAGGACACCGCACAGAGCCACACUCCGGCAGGGAAUUACAGCUAUGAGACAAUUGACGAGGACGGGGGAGUGCCGAGACACACACAAGGCGGCACUCAGGAUGGACAUGGCGAGGAAACGACUGGUCUAGAAACAACCCACAAGGAAGGACACCACCCCCAACAGACGAGAGCGGAGAGCCAACGUCACGGCAAAACCCCGGGCCGCUUCACGAGGGCCAGUGAGUUUGAUGAGGACGAGCAGGUCCUUCAAGGUGGUCUGGACGCCACCAAGUCUCCAGAACUUGUGUCCGUUUCGCGCCAACACCUGGUCCAGAACCGAGGGGGGAGGCGAAUUACAGACCAGAGUGGAGGGGCAGACGAUGACCAGAGAAGACAGAGCGUGGAUGAGGAGAGAGCAGGCAGUGGUGGAAAGAGGAAGGAUAUUCAAGGCGGUGCAGACGAGAAGGCGGUACAGCCCAGUGGACUGGAGAGGCAGGCUUCCAAAGUUUCCCUGAGAGCACCGACCCACGACGAGGCCAAAGUGACCCUCGAGACAACAAAGCCGUACCGUGUGUCUUCAGCCGCCUCCGUGCGCAGCGCUCAAAGAUCUGCAAGACGCAACGCGAAAGAGGAAGACCAAGGGAAUGAGAAGGGUGAAGAGAACGAAGAGGAGGACAGGAUGGAGGACGGGGAGGAGGAAGACGUUCCAAAAGGGCAGUCGACGAGUCGAGAGGAAAAGCAGUUGAAAGGUCGUGGAAGGCUGGGUAAUGAGGAGACACAGGAUCGACUUGACGCGCGCUCGGUGGGAAAUCCGUUCUCUCCCGUCAAAUCUCAGAAGAGCGGUGUCACUACUGGCAGUGGUUGGGACGGCGAUGUGAGCAUGGAGUCACCCCUGGGCACUCGGGACGAUGCUGAGAAACAGCCAAGGGUGAAAACUCUUCGGAAAAAGCCCCCUUCCUCCCACGAGUCACCUACCUUGUCUUGCAAAGAAACCGAAGCAGAUCGUAGAAAAGACUCGAUGAGUCGAAGAAAACCGAAGAAGGGCUCUCGUCGUUCGUUGGAAAAUCUCGAAAAGAUUGGAGAUGACGCAGGAGGGCGUACUGCCGGGGAGGAUAUCUCCAUGGAAACGGCAGAAGCAGAAGGUGGCGGUGGGAUUGUAGAGAGCACUGUGUCGACUCUGGCUCCGACUGAGGUGAAGGACGAGGUGCUGAAAAACUCGGAGGAGGAGAAACAGCUGACGGAGAUGUCCAAGGAGGCGUACAGGGAGCAGCGCCACCAGAACAAGGUCAAGAAGGAGACACGUGACCUUGAGGACAUCCAGAGUCAGCCCUACUCGUCCAACGCCGAUAUGGAGACAACUGCCUCCAAAACACACCCCGCUGCCGCUGCCGUUUCUAUCACUAAUGACGUUGAGGAGCGCGGUCCAGCCAGUACCACCAAAGACCCGAAUCUCAGCACGAGCGGUCUCUGA